GCAUCUAAGUGACGCUUGAUUCGAGUGCGCUAAAUAUAACAACACAGUGCUGUAUAGGCUGAAACGUUGUUUUUCACCUCUUAUCUUGGAUGUGUUAAAGGUUAAAUUUGAGGAACUUAUUUUAUGACAACAUAUUUAAAAAGUGUAUAAGCAGUGCAAUAAAGUAUGUUUAUCAGCUCAUAUAGUCAAAAGAAAAAAUUUUCUUUUCGUGCUCGUUAAAUAUCGUAAAAAUUGGAACUACUUUGUGGUAUUUUCUGUAAAUAUAUGGAUUUAAUCUCUAACAGUGAUAAUAUAAUUUUGUUUCAUGUGUAAAGAUACAUGUUAUUGUAAGUAUCUUGAACUUAAGAUAAUGUUAAAUUAAAUAAAUGCUAUAUUUAUAGGGUGCUAUUAACUUUUGUUUGUCGCACGUAACACAUCUUAUACAAAAUAACAUGUCAUCAAGUUUUAAAUACGUUUACAUAUGUUCGAAAGUUUUCACGUUUGUAAUGGCAGUAACUAUUGCAUUUCUUACGUAUAUUAGACUUGAUUCAACAUUGCCUUGGAACGUGAACAUUACUUUUACCGAUUGGAAAAAUGCUUUGGUACAAAAACGCUGCAAUGAUACAAAAUUCCCUUCACAACUAAACACCGAGGGAAAUUGGGGUGUAGUUGACGUGAACGAAACAAUUUAUGUUAUUUCUGCAUAUUAUGUUCUGGAAAGGGAAAGAGUGUUUAUCAUUGGAACAAAGCCUUUCUUUGAAGUUUCGGUUAUAUGUCAACUUUGGUAUACCAGUUUCAAAGAUAACAGACGGCAUGUCCAACAGACAUUGGCAAAUGUCGUUGCUCCGAUUGGAGCAACUGCGUACAAUUUCACGUCUACAAUCUAUGAAUGUAAAGUGCAAACGACAGAAAAACAACCCGAGUACGUCUCCCUUGUCAUGGCUUCCUGUGAAAUCCCAAGAAACCUUUUAAAAGUUCGUGAUGCCUCUAAACCAGAUGGAUAUCAGCGUCGUUUUACUGUAUGUUUGUCACCAGUGUUUAAAUAUGAUAACAUUUUCCAGAUGGUCGAGUGGGUUGAACUAAAUAGAAUUCUUGGUGCUGAAAAGUUUGUUUUUUAUAACUACUCAACAGGUGUAAAUGUUAAUAAUGCCAUUGAGUAUUACGUGAAAUUAGGUUUGAUUGACGUUAUUCAAUGGAAUUUACCAUUUCCUGAUAUUGAACGUAAUAUUGAAUAUUUUGCUCAAAAGGCGGCUAUAAAUGAUUGUAUUUUCCGAAAUAAAAAUGUUUCGGAAUUCAUCGUCAAUAUUGAUAAAGAUGAAUACAUUAUUCCUCAUUCUAAUGACAUCAUAACUUGGUCACAGCUGAUCGAUAAAUUUAACAAAAACUAUGCCGGUUACGUUGUGAGACACUCAUUCUUUCGAUUAGACUGGAAGUUGAAGAAUCAAAAUUUUUCUGAGAAACGUUUUGCAGAAAAAUACAAUCUAGUAACACUUACCCAUUUCGAACACGAGAAAAAAAUAUGGCCGCCUAACCAUCGCUCAAAAUAUUUUGCCCGAGCAGAAGUUGUUGAGUUUGGAAAUGUGCAUGAGAUUCCACGCGGAAGAAUAUUUAUUGUGCCUCCUGAACUUGCACUAGUGCAUCACUAUCGAAAUAUCGGAAAGCCAGAAGACCAUGACAAAGUUAUUGACUUUACAGUGCUUGUUAAAUAUGGAGACAAUUUGUCAAAACAUGUACAAAAGACAUGGAAAGCUCUUUCUAUCGUGUAACUAGUCAGAUUGUGUUAUUAUUUAAACUCUGGCGAGAUUUACUAGUACAUACUCAUUAUUAGGAAGAUAUGAAAGUUGGCUUAAAUCAUGGAUUCAUUCUUCAAUUAUGUUAAGAAACAAAUUAGUAUGCUACUUAAACUUGAACUAGAAAAAAAUAAAACUUAAGUACCAUUAUAGUUGAGAAUUUAAGUUAUGUGGAAUAAUAUCUGUACAUGCAUUCCAAAAGAAAACAAACCAAAGCAAUUUUAAAAAAAAAAUGAGACCAAUAACUUUAUUAAAUGUAGUUUAUAAGUUAGCUUAAAGCUGCACGCCUCCAGAUGAGCAAAAAUAGUUCGAUAAAAUCAAACCUGAUAAAAAAUGUACUAAGAUUCUAGGAAAGGUAUAAAAAUUCAAAAUCUAGUAAUAAUUUACAUGUUAUUAGCGAUUAUUGACCGAUUUUUCAGUAUUUAUAACUAUAUUUCUACUGCGUUACUAACCCAUUACUUUAGGUCUAUUUUUGCAUAUUUUGACCUCUUUAUAGCAAUUUACAUGGGUUCUAAGUGUCAUUGAUAAUGUGUAAAUUGCAUUCUUUUGGAAACUUUACAUUAUUAUACUAUUAAAUAUAUUUUCACAUUUUCAUGAAAAUUAGCAUGAAUCUGGAGGCGUGCUGCUUUAAGGUUCCAUAGCAAAUAGACUUAAACUUGUUUAAGAUAUUUUAGUUUCAAAAAGAUCAAAUAGAUAUAAUGGUGAGAAUACUUAAUUAUUGCAUGAUAUUAUGAAAUAUACUGAAGAUAAUGAUAUACUAGGUUUAGUAAUGAUGGUAGAUUUUGAAAAAGCUUUUGAUAUUUUAUCUUUUACAUUUAUAGAAAAAUGUUUAUAACUUUUUCACUUUGGUCCUAUUUCUAAUACAUUAAAUACUGAAA